AUGAGCGUGCAAUGCGUCCCGAGGUGUGCCGUCAUCUUCUUACGAACAACUCAAAGAUACCAAAAGAGCAAUGCGCAUCAUUGCGACCAAGGAGCUGCCAUGGAAAAAGAAGAGGGAAGAGGUUUCUUGACCUCUCUUCUUAACAAAAACCUGCGCAUCCUCGUCACUGAUGGCCGCAUGUUCUUGGGCCAGUUCAAGUGCACAGAUCCGGACCGAAAUGUCGUUCUAGCACACGCCUACGAGUACCGUCAGCCGUCCGCGCAACAGCGAGCUGAACUAUCCCGGCAAACCACCGAUGGAUCAGGCACCGUUACGAUAGACAUGACAUCCCGGUAUCUGGGCUUGGUGGUCGUUCCGGGACAGUACAUCGUCAAGAUCGAGGUGGAGGAGUUUGCAAGCCAAAUCAGGGGUCAGAACCCAUACGCAGAUGUUGUCAUUUAA